AUGAGGUUAGGUUUCAGCACUGCUGCGCUGUUGAGUGCAGCUGCAGGCUCUCUUGCAUCAGACCUUGCCAACGUCACAUGUGGUGCACUUGCGGAUGCGGGCCUCGCCAGCCGGAUCACCUACCCAGGGUCAACCAUCUACGAGGAAAGAGUGGAUUCGUACUGGUCUCUGACUGCCCAGUUGACACCGUGGUGCAUCCUCCAGCCACACAAUGCCAAAGAGGUGUCCACUGCUGUCAAGGCUCUAGUCAAGGCCAACAAGAAGGAAGAGUGUCUGUUCGCCGUCCGAAGUGGAGGCCAUACGACUUGGCCCGGCGCAGCUAACAUCGAGAAUGGGAUCACCAUUGACUUGGGCUUGAUGAACUCAACUACCUACAUUGCAAGCAACAACACUGCACAAGUUCUUCCUGGCUCGCGAUGGCUGGGUGUGUACGAGACGCUCGAUGCUCUCGGAAUCGCCGCAGCUGGUGGCCGUGCCGCAACUGUCGGAGUCGCGGGGCUGGCAAUUGGGGGUGGCAAUUCGUUCUAUGCUGCUCGCAAGGGGUUAGUGUGUGACAACAUUGCCCAAUAUGAGGUUGUUCUGGCCAGCGGCGAGAUUAUCUACGCCAACAACAAGACCAACACCGAUCUUUUCCGCGCUCUCAAGGGCGGUACCGGUAACUUUGGUAUCGUAACCCGACUCGACUUGGAGACCUUCCAAGGUCAAGAUCUCUGGGGUGGCGUCGUCACCUACCCCAAUUCAACCACCGACGCCCAGAUCGAAGCCUUUGUGAACUUUGGCAACAACAUCGUGAACGACCAAUACGGGUCUGCUAUUGUCAUUUGGCAAUACACCACCCAGAAUGCGGCAACUAUUCUCAUUAAUGCGUACGAGUACACCAAGCCUCAAGCAUGGCCUCCUGCCUUCGAUGAGUUCAAGGCCAUCCCUAACCGGACAUCCGACUCUAUGCGCUUUACCAACAUGACUGAUCUUACGAUUGAACUUGAGCAAGCCGCCGGCUAUCGCGACACAUUCAUCACCCUCACCUUCGUUAACGACAAGCGCGUCGUCAAGAAGGCCGUCGACCUCCACAACAUCGUCGUCGAAAAGGUGAAGGCUCACAAGGCCACCGGUAACUGGACCGUGCAAGAUAUGGUCCAGCCCAUCCCGACCAUCUUCACCAAGCACUCUGUCGAGAAGGGUGGAAACAUGCUUGGGUUGGACCGCUUUGACGAGAACCUCGUUCUCUUCCAAACCUACCUCGCUUGGGAGGGCGCCGAGCAAGACGACUUCUUCCAGAGCACUGGCGAUUGGUACAUCGCGCAGCUCAGUGCCUAUGCGAAGAGCAUUGGCAAAGACAACCCGUAUAUCUACCUCGAUUACGCGUAUGCGACGCAGAAGCCGUUGGAGAACUAUGGCGCUGUAAACAUCGCGAAGAUUAAGGCUGCGGCGAAGAAGUAUGAUCCUACGGGCGUGUUCCAGAAGCUUGUACCGGGCGGGUUCAAGAUCUCGAAGGUGCAGUGAGAUGUUGAUUGUUCUUUGGGGCGUUGGAGGCAAGCUGAUGGAGGCUCAAGGUUUACGAGGGGGUUGAGGUGGGUGCGACGGAAACAGGUGUUGUUGAUGUCGGACUGAGAGGUAGACUCUUGAUAACAGAAGAAGAAACGAAAAGCUACACAUGUAUAUUCUAUCUACUAGUAGAUCUUUCACGGUC